AUCUCUAUAUGAACAGCCUAAAAUUUGUUUAAAUUCCCAAUUGUUUUUUCUUUUCUUGAUAGAUCGUGAAGUCUCAGUCUUGAGGAACAGAUAAGCGGUUUUUUUACAGUCGGUGGUGAAAGAAACAAGAAGGUCCAACUAUGGUGACUCAUCGUUUCACUCUGCUUCUCAUUGCCGUCGUUAUCGGGAUCUUCUCCUCAUUUUCUCAGGUCCGCGCAACAAGUGAAACCAACUUCAGGAUCGAAUCAAUCUCCUCGUCGUUCGCAACGGAUCUUGCAACUCUGCAGAAGCACAUUGGCUACGAGUUUAACAACACCAACCUUCUUCGGCGUGCUAUGACUCAUGCUUCCUUCUCUCAAGAGAACAACAAAGCCCUGAGUAUCUUUGGAACCCAUAUCAUUGAAACCUCAGUCUCUCUUCAAUUCCUCUCUAAAAAUAUCGAUAUCUCGUCCAAAGUUUUGGCUCAUUUGAUAUCAGAUGUUGCAAAUGUGGAUUCCUCAUGUGCUCUUGACGGAAACCGGUUGGGUUUGGAGAGGAUAAUUAGGGUUUCUCCCAAGACAGAUGCAUCAAACUCGGCCAUCGUUUGUGCUGGCUUUAGGGCAAUCUUUGGAGCUAUUGCUACUGAUUCUGGAAUGGUUGAUGAGGCCAUCAAGGUUUUCUGGAAAGUCCAUGGAGAUCGGGCUGGAAAACUAGUGUCUACGUUGUAAAUUAGAGCUUUAAAGUCUGUGUUUUUUCUUUGGAAGUUCUAUGAGAAUCUACUUUUAGGCUUGCUUUCUCUUUUUUCUGUGUGAUGACCAAAACAAAAUAUUGGUUGAUGUUAUGAGUGAUGUAAGGGACCGUUUGACUAUGCCCACUGCAAUGAAAUGUUUCAACUUUUAACUAAA